AUGUAUCAUACAAAACCCAAAGUGCUGCUUAACCAGUGGUGCACAAGAAACGAGCAACUCCUUGACGCCACGUCAUUAAAAGAAGAUGGCAAAACUCAAGACAAGAAGGCUUUGAAGGACAUUGUUCAUUUGUCUAGUUUCAAAAAGGACAUCCCACCCUUGCAGAUUCGACGCAGUAAGCGAUAUCCAAGAUCCAAGGCCUUUGUACAAAGACUUUCUGAAGGCCAAACCGUGCGCGCUGUAAGGGAUUACUUUCGACGUUUUCCUAUAACCCAAGACUUGAAAAGCCGGGAUGCCUACAUUAUCACGGACGAUGUGUAUAACGAAUGCGUCAAGUUGCAAAGCCAGGCUACACGUCGACACAAUAAUGAACACGAGUCUGCUAAAGAGUGGGUCAUCACAGAUGAAGGGAAUUUUGGCUACUACAGCGACUUGGAUGACAACGAGCAUGCUUUAUGCAUUUCGACAACCUGGCAACAGAGUUCCUUUGCUAGAGCUCGUGGUGUACACCUUGACGCCGCCACCCAUGAUAUCACUGGCAAGAACGUCGUCAUGUAUACCAUCAUCACCCAGCAUGGCGUCGUUUCCCCAUUUGCUUACCUUAUCACCAACCUCUCCACUACUUACAUGUAUCCUGGACCACAAAGGGAUUGGAACCAUCACCAUCGGCUGCAAUUUGACGGUGGAAAGACAAAUGCGGCUUGCAUGGGGCAAUCAUAUCAACAUAAAGUCCUGCCUGUGCAUGGCAUGUAUCUCGUGCAUGGAAUAGCACCCUAUCCUGUGUCCGGUCGUCUCCAAGAGAUCCGAAAACGCGCAAGAGGAGGACCACCAAAAGGAGUUCUUGGACCCCUCUCCAGAGGCUACAUCCCCAUGGGUGGGGUCGACACCAUGGAUACCAACAACUAUGUCGAGACUUGGCACAACCAGCUGAAAUCAGUGUACUUGAAUCGUUAUCCCACCCGACGUCUUGAUACAUUGAUACACAAGCUGGUGGAAGAGAUCAAUGUCGACUUGCAGUAUGAGCUGAAUAGGCUGUGCAAGAAAGGUCGAUACAUCUGUGAGCAGCGCAACAAGGCAAAGAUUGCUGUAGAAAACAUGGCUGGUAUGUAA